AUGGCCUUGCUGCUUUGGUUCACUCAGCAAAGGGACGGAUCCCACGGAGGGGUACAGGAGCCCCCAAACAUGGAGCGCUGCCCGGAGGAGUCGGAGGACGAGCCCACACAUGAUCCCAGGCCGGGCUCCCCUCCAAGGGGACCUCCUCCACCUCUUCCAAUUCAGGCCCUGCAGGUCCCGUCACAGGCGGCAUCGGUGGCACUUUGCGAUGCGCUGGGGCUCAACUGCCAGGCGGUGACCCACCUUCCGUGGGACUGGAGCACACAGACGGCGAUUGCCAUUCAUGUGCGUCCCAUGACGCCGGCGGAGCGCCUGCAUCCCAAUCUUAUUUUCUGUGGCGAGUCUGCAGAAACAGAAGCUCCAGCAGUGGUGGGCAGGCCGGCGGCGAGUCACGAUGCCAGGGCAUCAUCGAUGACAAGCGGGGCGACCGAAGGUGCAGCAAGGGCCACCCCGGCGGAGCUGCGAGCAGCACUUCCGGACCCAGAAUGGGACGAUCUCAUGGCCGAGCUCGAGCUGGACCAGCCCGAGGGAGAUAUGAUCCACGCCGGGGACGAGGCCGUACGAUGGGCUAUGACCUCAAGCACCUUGAGCUCGGCGACAGCACCGCCGGUCCCGACGCCGGCCUCGGGGAGUACCUCACCGUCGCCACGGUCAGGGAAGGCCAAGGCCAAGCCUCGGGCACAAACUCCUCGUGCCACUCACCGCAAGCGGGAGGCCUACCUUGCACAGCUCAGUGUAUAUGACAGUACAGUAGCCGGUCAGCUGAGGGCCAUGCACCAGGAUAAGCGCCGGGGCAUGCUUGCAUCAUGUCACAAUUGCCCAGGCGAGGACGCGAACCUGAGGAGUGAAAGGGAACCGGCAACCUGCCGCCUUAAGGAAGCUGAGGAGGGCCAUCCGGAUUUUGACCGAAAGCAGCUUUGCCACAUAGAUGGCACAGAUGUGGCCCUCCGUAGCCUUUCCGUUCCAGAGCGCCAGCCUACUGUACGGCCAGCGGAUCAAAAAGCUGCUCUCAGUCCUCUGCUUCUUCGACGUCUUACACUUCCUCGGCAGGGCCUGCAACCCCCAACAGUGACUACCCCGUGCAUGGCCAGGUCCAGAAUGCCCUCGUCCCGGACUAUGUGGCGGGGAUCCUGGAGUUCUUUGAACUGCGGAACUGUGUAUAUCAGCGCAUCCCUGGCCAGACUGUUGACCCACCUCAUCACCCUUGGCGCCUCCUUCUUCUUCCUUUUGGAGGCCGCCAGCACAGGCCAAGUGACUACCACGGCAGGCCGAGAAGUACUCACCCGUCCCGCAAUAGGUCUCCCGACAGAGCUAUCGACGACAUCCAGACGAAGCCGCCUGGGUCCCAAGUCCCAGGGUAGCAGCCAGAAAUCAAGAAUCAGUAUGAUUGUGUAUGUUGUGCUGUUGAUCUACCUGAACAUGAUGAACGGCGUGGCUGCUACAGAUGUGAGGGUUGAGUCCGCUGCGCACUACAGGGACUCGGAAGCCUCAACACAGUUCAUAUUCAGACAUGGCGGGGCGAAGCCAAGUGCAACUAGUCACCCCGACCGGUCAAACCAUCAGCACCCCCCUCCCACCAAGAAGAGGGCGCUGCUCAGAGCGAUCACCAGAGCCAAAGCCAAUCCAACUCACCAAACAUGGUAUCGAGGUCGACUCCUCCAUCUGGGCCAGCUACAAGGCGGCCGAAAGGUUCAGCGAGAACACUUCAAGCCCCACACCCCUCCAGCUGGACCACAACCCCGACUCCAGAUCCUUUGCUGGAACACGGGCGGACUCAACAGUGUCAAGUGCAAGGAGAUCCUAAUAUGGCUUCAACAAGAACACGACAGGGGUCACACGUACGACAUCUGUGUCCUACAAGAGACAACAUGGAAGGAGGACGCAGAGUUCGUGACGUCCUCGGAGGACCCCAAGGACCUCACAUGGCAUGCAGUCCAUAGUGCGGGCCAAGGCCAUGAUGGAGUGCUGUGUCUAAUCAGGGUCGGACUGAUCCAGUCUGAUCGGGUACGGUAUCAGAUCCUUGAACCAGGACGGCUACUACAUGUACGCCUCCUCCUCGAGGCACCGGUAGACCUACUUUGCACAUACCAAUGGGCCUGGAAUCCAGCCAAGGCAGAACUCCAGGGCAAGAACAGGGUCGAUGAACUGGUCAAACAGAGGCGCCGAGUUUGGCAAAGCAUCGACAAAUGGCUAGGAGGUAUACCUCAACGAAGUACAUGUCUGCUGGUGGGGGACUUCAAUUCAGGCCUCACGACGGAGGACCACAUUUGUGGUCGGGGGGUCCCGGAAGGACAAGGUGCCCAACAUCAAGACCAGUCUGUGUUUCAGGAAGUCCUACGAACCCACCGGUGCUGUGCGCUAAACACGUGGUCUGCACGAGGCAAAAUGGCGAGAACUUAUCUCCCACCUCAUGCAAACAACCAGCAGGGUACUCAGAUUGACUUCGUGAUUCAUCGCACAGCUACAGCGGAUCCAGUUUCGAGAUCGUCUGGCCCUUUUAUGGCGGACUUUGUCCCGACCAGCGGCUGCAGGCAUUUGCCUGUCAGGGCAUCAGUUCCCAGGCCGCACCGCCCCAAGCCAUCUGAGCAUAAUCGACGAUUGGCCCCUAAGCAGGUGCAGGCGGCACUUCGCCGGGAGCCCUUUGCUCAUAUCCUGCAACAGAACAUCCAGCAGUACAUGCAGGCAGAGGAGGCUAAGUUGGCCCUGGAAGAUGCCGAGAUUGCUCCGGAGCUGAUCCAGGCGGUAAUGCUGAUCCAUCACUGCGCCAAGUUCACGGUCACGCAUUGUGGUAUGCAAAAGGUUGUGUCAUUGUAUCGAGGACUGCGGCAAGGAUGCGGCUUAGCACCCACGUUGUGGUCCUUGUACAGUGGGUGGCUGCUCAAGAAGAUGCACCGACCUGAGAUCCUGAAUGUUCAACGCACCAACACCAGCUAUGCUGAUGAUCUCCAUUAUGCAUGGACCAUUCGUGAAGGCCGCGACCUGGAGAAGGCCUAUGAAGCGAUGAAGUACAUACUCACGUUCCUCGCGGGUCAUGGUCUUACCAUUAGCCCGGACAAGACAGUUAUAGUCCUUGAACUACAGGGAGCUCAUGCUGCCAAAGCGCUGGAUAGAUAUGUGGUACAGAAGCCUCAGGGUAAAUGCUUCCGCUUUAUGAUCCAUGAACAACCGCUUCACCUGAAGAUUGUGUCAGAGCAUGUCUAUCUGGGGGCGGUCAUUGGAUUUCGAAAGUUUGAGCAAGCUACUGUCAAGCACAGGCUAACCCUGGCCCGCAACACCUUCUCCCGACUCGGUGUCAUCCUGCGCAACCGCUCGGUUCCUUUGAAACUACGGUUGCAACUUUGGCAGGGCUGCGUUUGGCCCACCCUACUUCAUGCCCUGGACUGCACGGGCCUCCCACUCAGGGAACUUCAACAGGUGAACACGCAGCUUGUCAAACAAGCCAGAUCGGUCGCAAACUCUCAUAGCAUGCUGACAAAGGAGACGAAUGAAGCCUUCAUCCAGCGGCUCAAGUUGACGGACCCGGUCAGGCGCCUACAAAAUGCCAUCACCCAACGAGAGGCCCUAGACCAAUGGCUGAUGGGUCCUCUUGCCCCAGGUGAAGCCCAGCUUCAGUGGCGCACGCGGCUCUUGAAGGCCAUGUUCGAGAGACGCGAAAGGACAACCCCCACGGAGUUGAUGAUGGCAACCCAGGAGCUCAACCUCCUCCGGUCCACCCUCCCGAUGGAUUGGACGGUCUCUUCGGACAAGGAGAAUCCGCAGCCCCACUGGGAAGCGCGACCGGCCAAAUGGCAAAGGCCCAGUCACAAAGGAGGUCAGCCCCACAAGGGGCGUCACCGACAGGGACCCAAGCCAUCCGACAAUUCCUACGGCCCCUCAGGCGCUCCGCUUCAGGCUCGGGGACAACACAACCGGUCGAACCAUGCCGAGGACUCCGCGGAGGGCCAGCAGACGGAGAUUCAAGAGCUGAAGACGGUGGUGGGCCUCCUCUCCAGCUUGGUCAUCAGGCACGAGGCCCAACAGACUAUACAGCGUCAAGAUACUGGGUUCAUGGUCUUUAUCCAGACCCGAACUCCAGAAAACAUGGCCCAAGCAUUGUACCAAAUCGGCCAACAGUGGCACAGCACCAAGCAGAACAACCCGGACCUGUUGAAGGCCCCGAUGAGAGUUGUAUUGUACCAACAUUUCAUCGAAUCCGUGAAGGAGAAAUUUACAGCAAUGAUGAAGACGCCGUCAUCCCGAUCGAUGGCGGAGGGCCUUGGAUGGAUCACGGCGGAUGGCAGCAAGGUGCACGGACUCCGCUGGGAUACGGUACAACAGCAACAUGUCAGGGACGAGACGGUGGAGAGCCUCACGCCCCAGGAGAUCAUCGCGGCGCUGGACUAG